CGUACUUCCAAAACUUCCAACUGACAAACAUAACGCAGAGGAAUGGACGUGGCUCAUUGCUAUUUAGAAGGCAAUGCCGAUGCCGUGGAGUUCUGCCCGCACGAAGGUUACCAACAAGUGCUAGCGGCUUCGACUUACACGCUGCAAGAAGGCGACCAACCGAGCCGAGCCGGUAGUAUUUCAUUGUUUGAUGUGAAUGAUGAAAAGGGUAAUCUCGAAUUGUUUCAUCGGGUGGAUACCGCUGGGAUUUUUGAUAUUAAGUGGAGCCCUGUCGGAGGCAAUGUGGGUCCUCUCCUUGCUCAAGCUGAUGCUGAUGGGUACUUGAAAAUUUACAGUUUAGAGGGUUGCUCUGAUGGAGACGAAGGUAGUAGAGGAGGCCUUCUUAAUGCAGUCAAUGGUGAAAAAAUCAGCUCCUCCAUGUGCCUUUUCCUGGAUUGGAACCCAUCGGCCACAUCCAUCUCUGUUGGUCUAUCAGAUGGUUCUGUCUCAAUAAUUUCCCUUAUAGAGUCUGGAAUGGAAACAUUACAAGAGUGGAAGGCACAUGAUUUUGAACUAUGGACAACUUGCUUCGACAUUCAACAACCACAGUUAGUAUAUACAGGAUCUGAUGACUGCAACUUUAGUUGUUGGGAUAUGCGGGACAGUCCAGCCCAGAUGGUAUUCCAGAAUUCCAAGGUCCAUAAAAUGGGAGUUUGUUGCAUUGCCAAGAGCCCCAGUGAUCCAAAUAUCAUACUUACAGGUAGCUAUGACGAGUACUUGAGGGUAUGGGAUCUAAGGUCGAUCUCAAGGCCAGUAAAUGAAAUGUCAGUUUGUCUUGGGGGAGGAGUUUGGAGAAUCAAGCAUCAUCCUUUUGUGCCAGGCUUGGUCUUGGCAGCUUGUAUGCAUAACGGAUUUGCAAUUGUCAAGACUGGGUGGGAGAAACCUGAAGUUGUUGAAACUUACAAUCAGCAUGGCUCGCUUGCAUAUGGGGCAGACUGGCAAAAAGAUAAAUUAUUACCAGGAGGCAAGAGCAAGAGUAAUAUUGUGGCCACUUGCUCAUUUUAUGACCGUCUUCUUCGCAUAUGGAUGCCAAAAAGUGAUAUUUGCUGCAUUUAACACAUCUCAUUUGUUGAGUUCACAUGGACCCAAAGAUGUUGGUUUACGAAAUCUUUUUUCAAACUUGGUUAGAUAUGUAUUGCCUACAUAUCAAAUCUUUGUUGUUUCCAAUUAUUCAUGACAGGUUGUUUUGCCCAAGAUAUGCAAUUAUGCAUGAAAAUUCUGUGUCAAGUGGGUCUCAGACAUCUACCCUUAAAACGAGGGCUUUCAUAUGCUACCCUAUCAAUCAAUAACUUAAUCAGGGAGAAUUUGAAAGUGUGAUUAGUAUAGAUUUACAGAGGAAGCAAAAAGGAUAGGAGCAUUAUCUUAAAUAACCUUUCGGCACUGAGAUAUUUAUGUAGCAGACAUAACUUUCUAUAUAUAUUUUGGUUGCUGAUCCUUUUUUCGUUUAUACUCAACUGGAAUCCAAAUGUCUGCUUCUUUUGCUGAGCUGCUCAAGACUGUUUUUAGCCUUGCCUGUAUUACAGCAUCAACAGCAUUCUUCCUUGAAAUGCAUACAGUUAAAAGUACUCAAGUUAGACAGCCUUUUACAAAUUUGGGAGGGAAGUAUUCACGUGUGAGUAGUGGCAAUUGGUGGGCCUGAAACGGUCCUUAUUCCGUUUGUUCUUUUCUUUUGGGAUAAGAUUCCAAUGCUGCAGUUGAUAUAGCUAGCAGCAUGAGGAUAGUCCGGUAUUUGAAGCCAUCUUCGAGCUACUGUUACUUCUCAAAAGUUCUGUUCUUUUUCUUAUGUUGUUUUCUUAUGCAUCGACCAGGAAACAAGGAUUUGGCCGUUUUGUGACUUUCUGUUUCAGUGAACUCUGCCAAAUCUUUACUGCAUUCGAUGAUACCUUGAGUAAAUUCUGAAAGAUUCAAUAUGUUCAUCCUUGUAAUCUUUCUGCACCUGUUGUCAGAAAAGAUUAAAACAACUG